GUGUCCAGACUCAUAGAGUACAUCACUACUGUUCCAGUUGAAAUUUUAGUAACAAUAGUCCCUGACAUACAGUACAUAUACUUUUAUCCUUGAUAUACACUCAGUGCCAUAAACAGUAAAUUGUUUUAAAAAAAUCAAAUUCAUUCUUCCCUUAUUUCAAAUCUAACUUUGACUAGGGCUUUGUUAACUUUAUAAAAAGACUUCAGUGAUCUGUUAUUAUAUCAAGGCAAACGUUUUAGCCUCAACUUUAUUUUAGUUUAUUCUAUAUUUUAUCCUAAGUUAGUAUUUGUUUUUAAAAGAAAGGUUUUAUUUUAUCUGGAAGAACAAUGCUCCAAUUACCAUCAGUACCUAACAGUUUUUAAUGUCCAUGGGUUGCGGGUAUUUGUCAGUGUAUUGGGAAUUAUAAUUAGUCUUCUCUACUUUCCUUGUUUUAUCUUCCAUUUCCUCCACUCCCGUUAUCUAAACCUAGAAAUUGGCCAUUUUAUCUCUUUCUAUACCUUCUCUAAACAAACCCCCUGCUACAGUUUUACCCUCUUAAUAACUGAACCCCUGCUACUUAGUACCCCUCUCCUGAAAACUAAACCCCUACUACUAGUCCCCUCCCCUCUUGUAAACUGAACCCCUGCUAAUAGACCCACUCCCCCUUCCCCGUUCUGAUAACUGAACCUCUGCAACUAUAGCAACCCCCCCUCCCCCGUAUAUGUAUAUCUAAUGGUGGGAGUAUAUAAUAGAGUAUAUCAGUAGUAAAAGAAAAUAUAUUACAGAUAACAUGAUAAAACAGUUAAUAUAAUACACAAUUCAGAAAAACUGCAGUUUAUCAGAAUCACUAGAAUGGGUUCGGAAACUGGAGAGGAGGUUGGGGUACAGAAUAUUGAUCUUAACAGUGAUUCUUCUCAACUUAAGGUUGAUAUAUCUGAUGCACUCUCUGAGAAAGAUAAAGUAAAGUUCACUGUGCAUACAAGGUCCAGUAUGCCUGAGUUCCAUAAGAACGAGUUCUCUGUUAUGCGUCUUCAUGAGGACUUCAUCUGGCUUCAUGAUGAUAUACGAGACAACAUGUUGUAUGCCGGAUAUAUAGUUCCUCCUGCUCCGCCCCGUCCGGACUUUGAUGCGUCCCGCGAGAAGCUGCAGAAGCUGGGGGAGGCGGAGUCUGGUCAGCUUACAAAGGAAGAGUUCAAUAAGAUGAAGCAGGAGCUGGAGGCAGAGUACCUCGCAACUUUCAAGAAAACAGUUGCUCAACAUGAAGUGUUUCUCUCCCGCCUGGCGUCCCACCCUGUGUUUAAGUCAGACCGUAACCUCCACGUGUUCCUGGAGUACGAUCAGGAUCUCAACGUGAGAGGGAAGAACAAGAAGGAGAGACUGGUUGAUAUUUUCUCCUCCUUCCAGAAGACUGGCGACGAAUUUCUCCUCUCCAACACUGUAAAGGAUAUUGACGACUUUUUCGAGUCAGAGAAAACAUUUCUGAUAACCUACAACCAGCAGUUGAAGGACGCAUGCAUCAGGUCGGAUAAGAUGAGUUCGACCCACAAGGAACUAGCGGAUAACUACAUCAAGCUCUCCAGUGGUCUCUUAGACCUUGCAACCCUAGAGAAUAGUAGUUUAGAAGGGUUUCUCUCUAAACUGUCGGAAACGUUUGAAAAGAUGCGGAGGAUUGAAGGACGGGUUGCUAAUGAUCAAGAUCUGAAACUAUCCGACUUUCUCCGAUUUCAUAUGAGAGAUACGUCCGCUGCGAAGGAUUUACUCUUCCGAAGAUUAAAAAGUCUGAACAAUUAUGAGAAAGCUAACAAGGAGUUGGACGCAGCUCGGUCCAAAAACCGUGAUGUAGGAAUAGCAGAAAACAGGCAACAAGAAGCUUGCACAACCUUCGAGACAAUGUCUCAGAAAGCGAAGGAAGAGUUAAAACUGCAGAGGGAAAGAAGAGUUCUGCAUUUCCAGAAGAGUUUGUCAGAGCUUGCAGAGCUAGAGGUUAAACAUGCUCGAGCUCACGCACAGAUGUUACGGCAAACAAUAGCAAGUAUUCGACAAGGCCUUUAAAUCCUGUAAAGUGCCAGACGGAGAUCUGAACUUAUGGAGUUGGGGGGGNGGGGGGGCACAUAUUUGUAAGCUUGGCACUUUGUGAUUACUGAUCAUUUAGAUAAAAACAUGUUUUCCCAAACAUUCUCGUUUCCUUUUACAUAUAACAUUUAUAUAUUAUUAGAAGAUUGCGCUUGGUAUAAUUCUUUAAGUUGUAGCGGCGUAUUAUUAUUUUGUUGGGAACUGCAAUCCUUCCUUAGUAUUACAUGCUAUGCCUCCAUCUCUCUUAAACUAAAAAAAAACUUUAAACUUUUAUUAUUUUAUAGUUUUUAUUUUCUACCCUGAGAUGGGUUGUUAGCAACAUUAUCUCAUUGAUAAAUAAUAUACAUGAAUUUGUUUUUUAUAUAGGUCACAACAUUUUUUAUCAUCACUAUUGAUGGGAUGCGGGAGGGGUGGAACAUUCAUGACUUCUAUUGAUAUUUAAAAAAAAUAUUUG